AUGGCAUCAUCCUCCAAGUCUUUUCUUCUUCUUGACUUUAUCUUUGCUCUUGUGAUCCUCAUCUCCUCUGAGGUCUCAGCUCGUGAGCUAGCGGAAAUUACUAAGCCAGCAAUUCCUAUUAGGGGUAAUACCUAUCCCUUUGAAGGCACUACUACAAAAAGUGAAAAAGACGACCAGAAAAAGACGACGGUAGAAGAAAAAAUCGUCGUUGUAUUUAAAAAGACGACAGUAACAACUCCCAAAUGCGAUCGGUAUAUUAGACCAUGUCACAUGACCCCGCCCCCGCCCAAACCACAACCAGGACCUGGUGUUGUUGAGAUUGAAAUUGGGAAUUAA